AAAAGCUGACUGGUUUCAUUGUUAAUACGCGUUGACAGUGGCCGUCAAAGUUUCCCAUGACACAUAUGUGAUUUUUCAGGAAAACAAUGGUCAAAAUCGGCAUUAACGGGUUCGGCAGGUUAGGAAGGCUUUUCUUGAGGAUAGCGCUGGACCAGUGCGGCAAGGGGGCGGUGGGGGCGGAUUUUCCCGUAGUCACCAUAGUAAACGACCCCAACCUCAACUCGGAAUCGAUGGCCGCCCUGCUGCAAAAAGACACUUACCGCGGCACUUUCAAGAAGGAGGUCAUCGAUAUGGACAACUGUAUCAUGAUAGAAGGUAACCGAGUGGAGGCGGUUAAAGUGCGCGACAUAUCGAAGGUGCCCUGGCACAAGUCCUGCCCGAUUGACUACAUCGUGGACACCACCGGGAAGAAUAAGAAUUGUGCGCAGGCCUCCAAAUUCCUGCAAGAGAAGAUAAAGUGCGUGGUGGUGUCCGGUUUGGGGGACAUCCCCGUAUUUGCCGUCGGGGUGAAUCACACGUGCUACAAACCGGCCAUGAAGAUCGUGUCGGUGGGCACGCCCACUUUGAACUGUUUGGCGCCCAUCUUGAGGGUUUUACAUGAAAAUUUCACCAUCGAGAAAGCGAUGGCAACGUCGCUGCAUCCCCUGAAGAACCACAACAAAUUCCUGGACGACAGUUGCCCCAGUGCGAACUUACGCGAGGGACGUUCGGCACUCGGCAACUUCUUCCCGUGCACUUCGGCCGCACCCGGACGGUACGUCUCUAGAAUCAUGCCGGAACUUGAGGGGCGAACGGACUCGAACGCGAUCAAAGUGCCGACCGUUUGUGUGGGAGCCGUGGACUUGACUGCCGUGUUAUGUAAAGAGGUGUCGCAUGAAAUAGUGACGGUUAAACUGAAAGAGGCCGCCGACUGUUACAUGCGCAACGUGAUGAAGUACUCGACCGACGAAUUGGUUAGUUCGGAUAUAAUCGGGGAUCCCCACUCGUGCGUGAUCGACUCGAAAGCGUGCAUGGGACUCGCCAAGAAUGUGGUGAAGAUUUUCGCGUGGUACGACGCGGAGUACGCGUUUGCGCACCGUUUGUACGAUAUGGUCAAGUAUAUCGCUUCUAGGGAGAUCUGUACUAAAUAAAUAUUAAUUUAUUUUUA